AUUCGCUGGUUCCGAACGCCUCCACGGCUCCUGCUUCCCCUGCCGCCUCGCCGCCGCCGGGCGCCCCAAACCAUGGAUUCCCCGCGGGGGCCCGCGAGCUUCGCGACGCAGGCGAACGCCCUCCUCCGCAAGAACCUCUGCACCCAGAAACGAAACCUCAAGACAAACAUUGGCAUCACCUUGUUCCCGAUCCUCAUCUGCAUCCUGCUCGUCGUGCUCCAGAACGUCAUCAACAGCGAGCUCGACAAGCCCAAGUACAAAUGCGGCUGCAUCUGCCUCGAGACCAGUGUGGAUGGAAGAUGUGCAAGGAAAGAGUGUGGCAUCAAGUACUCGACGCUGGACCAGGUUGGUAGCUGCCCAAUUCCGAGCCCGCCACGCUGGCCGGCCUUGAUUCAGGUCCCCCGUGCCGAUUUCCGAGCUGUAAGGACAUCCUCCCAGCCGUUUGAUGAUUUGCCUGAUCCGUUGUGCCGUGACUCCUGGUCUUGCCCUGCAUCUAUCCUUGUCACUGGAAAGGACAAAGUGGUUGCUGAAGCAAUUUCAAGAGGACUGUUUCCUGCCCUUUCUCCAUCUUUGAAUGCAACGGAUUUCCUUGACAUCCUCUCCAAGUUUGUUGCUGGCUCAGACACACAGCCAUGGUACAUACAAUUGCUAGAGCCUGCAUUUUUCUCUGGCCAUACUUUGUACCUGAUCCAGCCUGAGUGCCUACCCUUCAUGUCACAGACCAUUUCAUACAAUACUGGGGGCAUACCUUUUCAGCUCAAUAUACAGUGUGUUGAAGGUGUCCCGUUAUGGCGUGAAAGUGCAUCGAUUAUCAACCAUGAAUUUUUAAAGGGUUAUAGACAAAGAGGAGGAGAAUUAAAUGAAUUUAUUGCAGGAUAUGACUUCUUGGGCACAACUCAAUAUGGACUUGGUGUAAAUGUUUGGUACAACUCUACUUAUAAUGAUAACACUGCAUAUUCAUUUAUCGCAACAUUACGGGUUCCACGCUUGGUGAAUGCAGUAUCUAAUGCUUAUCUCAAAUUUAUCAAAGGAACUUCGGUAGAAAUGCUACUUGAAUAUGUAAAAGAUAUGCCCAAAGUUGGGACAAGUUUCCAGUUGGAUUUGUCUUCUCUUCUUAGUGCGUUAUUCUUCACAUGGAUCAUCGAACUUCUUUUCCCAGUUAUCUUGACAUAUCUGGUGUAUGAGAAACAGCAGAAGCUAAAAAUUAUGAUGAAAAUGCAUGGUCUGAAGGAUGGGCCUUACUGGCUGAUAUCUUAUUCUUAUUUCCUUGCUCUAUCGGUUGUCUAUAUGUUGUUCUUUGUGAUUUUCGGCUCCUUGAUAGGUCUCAAUUUUUUCAGAAUCAAUGAGUACAGUGUCCAAGCUGUUUUUUUCUUCACCUGUAUAAAUUUACAGAUUGCCCUUGCAUUUUUUGUGGCAUCUUUCUUUUCAUCUGUCAAGAUGGCCACAGUGGUUGGCUACAUGUAUGUAUUUGGCUCUGGCUUACUUGGUGCAUUUCUUUUCCGCUUCUUUUUUGAGGACAAAACCUUUCCCUAUGGUUGGGUAUUAGUCAUGGAGAUCGUCCCUGGAUUUUCCCUCUAUAGGGGCCUAUAUGAACUUGGUCAAUAUGCAUUCUCGGGGAGCAGUAUGGGAGGCACUGGUAUGAUCUGGAGAAGUAUGAAAGAUCCCCUCAAUGGAAUGCGUGAUGUCUUGAUCAUAAUGAGUGUAGAAUGGGCACUACUGCUCAUAUUGGCAUUCUAUUUAGAUCAAGCCUCUUUGUUAGGUGAUGGUGUCAGAAAAAACCCUUUUUCCUGCUUCAGAUGUUUACAGAAGAAACAUGAACCACCAUUGCAUGAACCUAGCUUUUCCCAACAGGAUUCCAGAGUCGUUCUCAAUAUGGAGAAAUCCGAUGUUGCUCUAGAAAGGAAAGUAGUCGAGCAACUUCUGAUAGAUCCCAAUGCAAACGAAGCUAUUAUCUGCGAGAAGCUCAGGAAGGUUUAUCCUGGAAGGGAUGGAAACCCUGACAAGCUGGCUGUUCGAGGAUUAUCUCUUGUCCUUCAAAAGGGCAAGUGCUUUGGAAUGCUUGGCCCCAAUGGAGCUGGGAAAACAUCUUUCAUUAACAUGAUGAUUGGACUUAUUAGACCUACAUCUGGUACUGCUUAUGUCCACGGAAUGGACAUAAAUACGGACAUGGGUAACAUAUAUACAAGUAUGGGCGUGUGUCCACAGCAUAACUUGCUUUGGGAAACAUUAACAGGACGAGAACAUCUUUUCUUUUAUGGCAGAUUGAAGAAUCUUAAAGGUGCUGUGUUAGUGAAGGCUGUUGACCACUCUCUGAAGAGUGUAAAUCUAUCUCAUGGUAAUGUUGGCGAUAAGCAAGUGAAGAAAUACAGUGGAGGCAUGAAGAGAAGGCUCAGUGUGGCAAUCUCAUUGAUUGGGGACCCUAAAGUUGUCUUCAUGGAUGAGCCGAGCACAGGACUGGAUCCAGCAUCAAGAAAUAACCUGUGGAAUGUUGUGAAGGAGGCCAAGAGAAAUCGGGCAAUUAUUCUAACUACACACUCAAUGGAAGAGGCAGAGGUAUUGUGUGACCGGCUUGGCAUCUUUGUUGAUGGCGAUUUCCAAUGCCUUGGAAACCCUAAAGAGCUAAAGGCUAGGUACGGAGGCACAUACAUAUUCACAAUGACAACCUCGCCAGACCAAGAACAGGAGGUUGAACUGCUAGUGCAUCAACUUUCACCUAGUGCAAACAAGAUCUACCAUCUAUCUGGAACUCAGAAGUUUGAGCUCCCGAAGCAGGAGGUGAAAAUAGCCCAUGUUUUUGCUGCAGUCGAGAAUGCGAAGAGCCGGCUCACAAUACAUGCUUGGGGCCUAGUUGAUACUACCUUGGAGGAUGUCUUCAUCAAGGUCGCCAGAGGAGCGCAAGCAUUCGACGAGUUUGCGUAG